ACUAUCUCCAUUUAAUGCACACCCCACUUACACGUAUAUACGCACGUGUCUGAGUGCCGAGAGAGGAUGCCUACAGAGGAAGAGAAGACGGUCAACGAGGAGGAGGAGGAGGAGGAGGAGGAAGAGGAAGAAGAGGAGAGCGAAGAGGAAGAAGAGAGCGGGGAGGAGGAAGACGAAGAGAGUGAUUCUGCGUAUGAUGAUCCUCCAGACUAUGUGGACACUGUCACUGACGAAGAAUUGCUGGGAGACCUCCUGAAACAGAAACCAAAGGUGGAAGAAGGUGUGGACAACAUUAUAGUGGUUGACAAUGCCCCAAAGGUGGGUCCUGACCGGAUGCAGAAACUGCAGAAUGUUUUGGAGAAGAUUUUUAGCAGAUUUGGUACCAUUGUCAGGAGAUACUAUCCCGUGGACGAGGCCACUCAGAUGUUUAAAGGCUACUUCUUCCUGGAGUUCUCCACGAGGGAAGGGGCAGAGACAGCUGUGGCCACUGGUAAUGGCUACCGACUGGACAAGGCCCACGUCUUUGCCAUCAACUUCUUCUCCGACUUUGACAAGUACAGAAAUCUGCCUGAAAAGUGGGAAGUACCUCAAAAGAGAGAGUUUGAAGACAAAGGUAACCUGAGGUCGUGGCUACUCAACAAGAGCUGUUUCGAUCAGUUCUCGGUCAUCUACGGGACGGGAGAGACGGCCUACGUAGCCAUCUGCGAGAACAACAAAAAGGAACCGAAAGUUGUCAAAGAGAGAAAAAACUGGACUGACACGUACGUGAGGUGGUCCCCGCGAGGAACCUACCUGGCCACCUUCCACAGACAGGGUGUAGCUCUUUGGGGCGGUCCCGAGUUCGAGAGGCUGGCCCGGUUCAGCCACAACGGAGUCCAGCUCAUUGACUUCUCACCUUGUGAAAGGUAUAUGGUGACGUUCAGUGACAUAGUGGACGACCCAGACACUUCUCAGAACAUCAUAGUGUGGGAGAUCAGGACUGGGAAGAAGAAACGCUCCUUCCAGCGAGGGAACGCCGAGGACUGGCCCAUUCUCAAGUGGAACAAAGAUGGAGAGUACUUUGCCAGAAUGUCAGACGGCCUCAUCGGUGUCUAUCAGACUCCAUCAUUUGGUCUACUGGACAAGAAAUCCAUAGUUGUGAAGGAAGUCAAGGACUUGUCGUGGUGUCCCACAGAGAACCACUUUGCCUACUGGGUCCCUGAGACCACUGACCUCCCUGCCAAGAUAACAGUCAUGGAGAUACCGUCCAGGAAUAUCCUCAGUACCAAGAGCAAGAUGUUGGUGAAAGAGUGUAAGCUCCACUGGCACAAGGGAGGAGACUACUUAUGUGUGAAGGUUGACCACUACCUCACCAAGAGCAAAAAGCAACUCUGCUACAGUUUUGAGAUAUUUCACAUGAGAGAGCCUCAAAUUCCAGUUGACACUCUUGAAAUGAAAGAGCCCAUCCUGGCCUUUGCGCUGGAGCCCACGGGGUCAAAUUUUGCCAUCAUCCACGGGGAGCCACCGAUCCGUGUGUCUGCCAGUUUCUACAAGAUCAAUGACAAGGGAGCCGCCAUCACCAAACUCAAGACUCUGGAGCGGAGAGAAGUCAACCACAUAUUCUGGUCUCCCACCGGGCAGUUUGUGGUGCUUGCUGGAAUGAAAGGGCCAAUGAAUGGGACACUGGAGUUCAUAGACACCGGAGACAUUGCCAUGUCUAAUGUAGUAGAACACGGUGGAAUGACUGACGUGGAGUGGGAUCCUACUGGUAGAUAUGUCACCACUGCCAUCAGCUACUGGUCUCAGAAGAUGGACACAGGGUUCAUAGUGUGGUCAUUCCAAGGAAACGUCCUCUACAGGAACCCAGUCCAAAUGGAGAAGUUUUGCCAGCUGCUCUGGAGGCCACGCCCACCCUCCCCCCUCUCUAAAGAUGAUCUACAGACCAUCAAGAAAGAGAUGAAGAAGUACCAGAUGGUGUUUGAGCAGGAGGAUCGCAGCAUCAGGUCCAAGGCCUCAAAGGAACUGUUGGAGAAGAGGACCAAGCUCAUGAAAGAGCAUUCAGAGUAUCGCAAGAGGAGAGAGGAUCUGAUGCGAGACAGAAAACGUAUCUUUCUGGAAGGUAGGGAACAGUGUACAUUGACGCUACACGUGUACGCGUACCAUGCACCGAAAGUUUGCGUUUUCAUUGUUGAGGAAAACGUGAACAUCGGCUUUGCACUUCAGAAAGUGUUAAGUGGUAAUGCUUGCCCCAUGUUUUCCUGCGCAUCGUAGAUACUGUAGUGUAGAACUUACUGAAGAUCAUAUCACAACAAAGGCUGUGGUAUGUAUCAAGCAUGGCCUCCAGCAAGCAAAUUUAUA